AUGCUUAGGUAACUUGCUUUGAAUGAUGGAAAAGCAUCAUUCGAUAAAUUGUAAUUAUAAUUGGAUUAAUUGAGAGAAGUGCAAUUUGUUGAUACAAUCAUUAUCAAUACUUCUGUUUAUGACUAUUGCUACUUGAAAGAGGGAAAGUUUACCAUAAAUCUUAACUGGAUAGCAUUCAGAUGAAUCAUUUCAAUUUGAACUUAUUAAGCAGAUGUAUUUUAAUUAUGAUUAUAGUGAACAUAAAUUUAAGGAAGCAACUAAAACAUAUUUAUUACCUUCAAUUUAUCCUGCAGCACCAAUUCAAAAAUAAAAAAUACUUACAAAAAUAUGUAAAGAAUACAAAGAGUCAAUUGGAUUUAAAUGGAAAGUACAUUCUUUUUACAUCAAUUCAGGAUUCAGACUUAAAUUUUUAUUCCAAUCCUCAUACUGAUAUAUUUAAUAAAUGUGAUUUAAUGGAAUUUCUUUCAGAUUUUACCUAAAAAUUUCAUUUCAAAUUAAAAUUAUUUUUAAUGAAAAGAAGUACCAUAGAAUGA